CCAAUCCCUUAUACCAACUGCCAACGUUCCAGAGUACAACGUACUCCUUUGUUGCUAUACACCGACAUUUCACGUGUUUACUGAGGAAUCUUGAAAUUUGGUACAGAGGAGGUUCAUCAUGGUUGAUCCACAUUCUACUUCUACGUCUCCCAAGCAGGGGGCUCUAUUUCCGGAUCCCGACCCGGAGUCAGACGACGAGGACAACAUGAACGUUCGAGGUGACACAGAGUCGGAAGGGACAGAUGGACAGGCGGACGAUUUAAUUCUGGUAGUUGAGACCUCUCGCGACCUACCGCACGAGGGCGAGUUGCAAGAAGGCAUGCUACCGCGCGAUAUGCCGAAACGCACCGCCUUUUACGACCCGGUGGACGAACGCCGGAUGAACCAAGAGGAUGCCAAGUUGUACUACCAGCGAAAUCAUAUCGGACAGAGGCCGGGCGCUAGCAGCACUUGGCCUCUAACAACGCCGAGCGGAAGUCCCGUCUUGAACACCUCGAUGUCAGCAUCUCGCGACGGUGCGCCUUCUCUGCGGAGCAUCGAACAUGAUGCCGAGGUCUCUACAUGGACGUCGUUGCCUGGUCCUUCCACGGGCUCGACACAGCCUCAGCCGGGCGGCGUUUCGCCUUCAGUGUACCCUACGAGCAUGGAAGGGCAGGGCUUAGCAACGUCAUCAAGUACCCAAGAUCUUCUAGCGCAGGCUGACAGAGCUGGAGGCUCUCGCAACAUCGUCGUGCCAGUCGGCGACACCUUUUCCGCCUCGGACCCUCUCACCGAAGGCCUCUACGAUGCGAAUACCGAUCCCGACGUAACGGCCGAACUCGCAUCUAUUUCGAAGAAUGUGCAGGACAUUUUGGAUCUGCGGCGGAGAUAUAUCGCGUCUUCGUUUCAAGGCCCGGACGACAACCCCAAAGACGACCCAUCGUGGGAUAUCUACCCACCUCCGCCGGAACCGGCCUGGGCUCAUCAGCAUGCUAUGUACAAGGACGGGACGACUCCAGGCAACAGCGCCCUGAACAGCCUACAAAACAGUGCCAUCCUCGCAGCACCCUCUGCUAUGUCCCCCCAGUCUUCGACCGAACCUGACACGGGAUCCUCGAAACGCAAACACAAGAAACGGAAGCCCGGGCACGAUGUCGGGGAGGACUUCGUACUGGAGGACGUCCUUCCCGUCCCUAGACCCACGGCCAUGACCUUCAAGCUCGAUGAGUGCGGUGUGUAUCAAGUCUACGAAGACGCAGAUGCAGAGAGCGAGGAUCUCCCCGCUUUCCAGGUCCCCACGAUUAGGGAAUACUACAUGGAUCUUGACCGGCUCCUCCUCAUAUCCUCGGACGGUCCCAGCAAAAGCUUCGCUUUCCGCCGACUACAAUACCUCGAGGCCAGGUUUAACCUCUACUCGCUUCUCAAUGUGCAACUCGAGGCGGCGGAUAGCAAAAAGGUCCCGCACCGCGACUUCUACAACGUUCGCAAAGUCGAUACCCACGUGCACCACUCGGCUUGCAUGAAUCAGAAGCAUCUCUUGCGGUUCAUCAAAAGUAAGAUGAAGAAGUCCCCGGAUGAGGUCGUGCUGUUCCGGGACGGCCGUCACCUUACCCUUGCGGAGGUAUUUCAGAGUAUCAACCUGACUGCCUACGACCUGAGUAUCGACACGCUGGACAUGCAUGCCCAUACGGACUCGUUUCAUCGCUUCGACAAGUUCAACCUCAAGUACAACCCCAUAGGUGAAUCACGGCUUCGAACCAUCUUCCUCAAGACGGACAACUACAUAAAUGGGCGUUACCUAGCCGAGAUCACAAAAGAAGUCAUCUCCGACCUGGAGUCCAGCAAAUACCAGAUGGUGGAGUGGCGGAUAUCGAUUUACGGCAAGUCGCUUGAUGAGUGGGAUAAGCUUGCGGAAUGGGUUAUUGACAACAAACUCUAUUCACACAAUGUGCGAUGGCUGAUCCAGAUUCCCCGGCUGUACGACGUGUACAAGGCAACCGGUCUCAUGGACAACUUCGAGUCGGUUGUCAAGAACGUGUUCCUGCCUCUGUUUGAAGUCUCCCAGGACCCGUCGAGCCAUCCCAAGCUUCACAUUUUCCUCCAGAGGGUCAUCGGGUUCGACAGUGUGGAUGACGAGAGCAAGGUCGAGCGGCGUCUGUUCAAGAAGUUCCCGGUGCCCAAGGCGUGGGAUUUUAAACAGAACCCCCCUUACAGCUACUGGAUCUACUACCUCUUCGCCAACAUGGGCUCGCUCAACGCACUGCGAAGGCACAGGGGACUCAACACGUUUGUUCUGCGGCCGCAUUGCGGCGAGGCCGGCGAUAGCGAGCACCUCGCCGUUGCCGCGCUCUGCUGCCACAGCAUCAGCCAUGGGCUGUUGCUUCGCAAGGUCCCGCUGCUGCAAUACGUGUACUACCUCGAGCAGAUCGGCAUCGCCAUGUCGCCCCUGAGCAACAACGCGCUCUUCCUGGCGUAUGAGCGGAAUCCGUUCUACCAGUACUUCAGGAGGGGCCUCAACGUCUCGCUCUCUACCGACGACCCCCUGCAGUUUGCCUUCACGAAGGAACCCCUUAUGGAGGAAUAUGCCGUUGCCGCCCAGAUUUACAAACUGAGCUCGGUCGACAUGUGCGAGUUGGCCAAGAAUUCGGUCAAGCAGAGCGGCUAUGAGAGGUCGAUCAAGGAACAGUGGCUAGGGCCCGACUUUCACCUCCCGGGCAAGGCGGGGAACAGGAUGGUAAAGACCAACGUCCCCGAUCGUAGAGAAGAGUUCCGGUACCGGACGCUUCAGGACGAACGCUCCCUGAUCGAGCGAUACGCCAACCAUAACCUCGCGGGCACCAGCGAGCCUCGAAGUCCGCCGCCUGUGCAACUCAGCACGGGUCAAAGUGCCCCUGAACAGAGUGGCCGUUGAGGGACAUGAGACUGGUCUGAUUAGAAUCUCUGUCAUCUGGCGUGUAGUUUUGCGUCCUUGUCGGAACCAUUUUAUGGCAUGCGGGUGUGAGUAUGAGUAUCGAUGUAGAGUUGUGCCUGGUUUUCUGCGCGCAGCUAGAGGGUAAUGGAUAUCGGUUUCACGAUAAGUGAAGUUGGCGUACCAGCCCUGAACAGUCGUAUUUUAUGACCAGACACGUAGUAGGGAUGAAGCAGACAAACGUGGCACUGGCAGUAGAUGUGUUUCUAUCCAUCUCGAUUCGCUGGGCUUGAGCAGACAAGAAAACAGUCCGGGAGAUUUGAACAGU